AUGGGGCUGACGUUCUCUAAGAUUUUCGCGCGCCUGCUGUCGAAGCGGGAGAUGCGCGUGCUGAUGGUGGGACUGGACGCCGCCGGAAAGACCACCAUUCUGUACAAGCUGAAGCUGGGCGAGAUCGUGACCACGAUCCCAACCAUCGGUUUCAACGUGGAGACGGUCGACUACAAGAAUAUCAGCUUCACCGUGUGGGACGUCGGAGGCCAGGAUAGGAUCCGCCCCCUCUGGCGGCACUACUUCGCCGACACCCAGGGCCUCAUCUUCGUCGUCGACUCCAACGACCGGGACCGCAUCGGCGAGGCGCGCGAAGAGCUCCACAGGAUGCUCAACGAAGAGGACCUACGGGACGCGGUGCUGCUGGUGUUCGCCAACAAGCAGGACCUGCCAAAUGCGAUGAACGCGGCGCAGAUCACGGACCAGCUGGGCCUGGGCUCGCUGCGCAACCGCAAGUGGUGCGUCAAGGGCACGAUCGCGACGAGCGGCGAGGGGCUGUACGAGGGCCUGGACUGGUUGGCCGACCAAAUCCUGAAGAAGCAGGGCUAG